AUGAACACCACCACCACUGUGAUCGUCUCGUUUUCCAAUUUGGCCCCUUUCAAAUCCAUAUUCAACAGCUACGAACCCAUCAACCAUCACCAUGAUGUACAGAAUGAGACCCAGCCUGUGAAUGUGCAGAGCGGGCAGAGAAUUGCGGUUUGUUUAGUGGGUGGAGCCCGGCGAUUCGAGCUCACCGGGCCGUCCAUUGUGAAGAGGAUUCUCAAAGUGUAUAAUAAUUCCGAUCUCUUUCUUCACAGCCCGUUGGAUUCGAAUGCCUACAAGUUUACGCUUCUGAAGGAGGCGCCCAGAAUCGCCGCCGUGAAAAUCUUUCAGCCGCAACCAAUUCCGGAGACUGAGUCACAGCUCCGAGUCCUCACUUCUCAGAACUCGCCAAAUGGCAUACAGGGCCUGUUGCAAUAUUUCAAUCUGGUAGAAGGAUGUCUAACAUUGAUCAAAUCUUACCAAGAAAAGAACAACUUUACUUAUGACUGGAUUAUCCGGACCCGAGUUGAUGGCUACUGGUCCAAACCAUUGGCACCCGAUAACUUCAUCCCUGGUCAGUACUUAGUUCCACCAGGCUCCUCUUAUGGUGGCCUGAAUGACCGUUUUGGCAUCGGUGAUGUUAACAGCUCCAUCGUUGCACUUUCAAGACUUUCACUAGUUCCCGAACUUGACUCAGCCGGGUUUACCCAACUUAACUCGGAAACCGCGUUCAAGGCCCAACUCACCACUCGAAAGGUACCUUAUGUUACCAAAUCCCUCCCGUUUUGUAUAGUAACAGAUCGUCAAUAUGAGUUUCCCCCGGCCCGUUUUGGUGUCCCCGUGGCAGCACUGUCUAGCCCAGGCCCAUUAAGUGGUGCUAAAUGCAGGCCUUGUACACCGGUGUGUACUGGGUCGUGUGUUGGGCCUAUAAUGAGUGGGCUUGACAAAGGAUGGAGCUGGACUGAAUGGGCCAACAACAGAGUAGAGCUCUGCGAUGCCCAUGAUAAAUGGGAAAAUGGGUGGGAGAAAGUAUUCGAUAGGGUAGCCAGGAAAAAUCUAGCUGCCGCAAGGAAGGAAGUUUUGGCUCUCACAAUCGAGCAGUGUGUCAAUGAUUUCGAGAAGUUGAGACAUCGUACGCCCAGUUGGGAGUCUCCACCGGUGGCUGAGAUUUGUCGGCUCGGGUUGAAAUAUAGAUGA